CAGCUCUAUAAAUGCAGAGUCUGGACAGCUGGGAGAAUCACACCCGCUCAAGAUGAAGAUGAAGAUGGAGAUGCUGCAACACUGGAACAUGGACCUGAGGAGUAUGGUGGGGCUGUUGCUCUGUUUGUCUCUUGGACAGUGCGGUAUAAGUCCUGAAUUUCGGGGGACAGAUUUAGGAAUACUACCCAUGGACAACUUCACUCUGUCCCAGCCGAUAUCAUCGGAGCCUGAUUUAUCCUACUGUCAGAUGAUUCUGGAGGCGCCGGUUCCUCCGACUGCGGAUCAGGUGCCCUGGUACUGCAUCUGCUCCGCCUGCUCGGGAAACAGAGGACAGAAAGGAGACAGAGGAGACCGCGGACUUACAGGAGCUCCUGGUAGUCCGGGUCCAAGGGGUCUCACUGGGCUUCCCGGCCGUCCAGGAUUCAGAGGACCUCCUGGAAUAAAGGGUGAGAAAGGAGAUAUUGGAGAUAAGGGUGACUUGGGUCUACCUGGAACUUCAGGGUCAAAGGGUGAGAGGGGCAGCAAAGGUGAAAAGGGUGACCAGGGUCUGGAUGGUCCUUCCGGAGAACCAGGGCCAAAAGGAGAAGAUGGUCAAUGCCCGCAAAGCUGUGCACCCAUACCUGGACAAGAUGGUGCACCUGGUCUUCCUGGACUUGUAGGUGCACGUGGGUUACCUGGUCUGAAUGGAGACCUUGGACCCAAAGGGCAGAAGGGAGAUCCAGGUGUGGCAGGUGGACCUGGCACUCCAGGUGACACAGGGCCAAAGGGUGACCAAGGUCCACAGGGCCUAUGCAAUUGCCAUGAUGGGGCUCCAGGAGCCCAGGGUCAAAAGGGAGACAAAGGUGAUAAGGGAGAUAAUGGGUUGACAGGGGCACAGGGUGUGAAUGGAACCACAGGCCUUAAAGGUGCCAAGGGAGACAUGGGAUUGACUGGCAUUCCUGGACCUUGCUCACCUACAGUGCAAUCUGCUUUCUCUGCCACUAUUACUACCUCUUAUCCUGCACCAAACCGCCCGGUUCUUUUCAAACGUGUAAUCUACAACUUAAACCAGAACUAUAGUCCUGAUAAUGGUGUAUACACAGCCCCUAUUAACGGAACCUACGUGUUUAGCUACAACUUACAAGUGUCUACCCGUAUGCUGAAGGUUGGACUCUUCCGCAACUUUGAGGCCGUAGUGAGGACAACUACACCGGUGGAAAUGAACACCGCUUCUCAGCAGGUGGUGAUGGGUCUGGGUCAAGGUGAUUGGGUGUGGUUGCAGGUGAAAGACAGCACCACUAAUGGCAUUUUUACUGGCACCGAGUCCAGCAGCACAUUCAGUGGGUAUCUAUUGUACCCUGACAGAUGUGAUGACAUGUUGUCAAGAGAUUUCAUGGAAAAUGUGUUCCCCACUACAGAUCUUAACUGGGCGUAGAGACCUACAUCUGCAUCCCACACUCUACUACUUAAACUCCUAGUCAAUCUCUACUUUCUAAACCAGCAAGCAAAUAUAGCCAUUUCUUCUGGAGGGCUGCCGUUCUGUAGAACUAGUUCCAAACCUAGUCAAACACACCUGAACCAGCUAAUCAAUGUGUUCAGGAUUACUUUAAACUAACAGGCAAGUAUAUUAAAGCAGAGUUGGCACUAGAGUCUGAAGAAUAGCAUUCAGCCAGGAAUAUGGUUGACUAACCCCAGCUUAGACCUACACCCAAAAUGUAUCCGAAAAACUUAGACCCAACUUUCUGAAUCUAAACUUUUAUCUACUCCUUAGACAUUCACAUUAAACUGUUAAGGUGUAAGGUGAAAAAAUCUAAACUUUCUACUUCAAUGUAGACCUAUAUACAAGAUUCCUAGUUCAAACUUAUCUUCUCCCUAGAUCUGCACCCUCAUCCAUUGGCUACAUCCAAACAUCUAAUCUUAAAGUUUUAUCUACUCCCCGGGGUGCCUUUAAACCUGCAACCUACACCCAACAUUCUCCAAUCUAGACCUUCACCCAAGUGUCCUAAUCUAAACUUUUAUCCACCCCUAAACCUGAUAGGCUUGACCAAAGCUUCUAAACCUAAACAUAUAUCUACUUUCCCCCAGUCCCUGAAGGCAGUCCUUAAAUUGUUUACCUUCACCCAACAGUCUUAACCUUCAACUUCACAGAGACACAACGUUGACCUUCACACAACUUUACACCCCCCCCCCCCCAAGGGGGUGUGCCCAAAACUCUUCACCUAAACCCACCAUUCUAAACUUUCAACUAUAGCUUAGACCUACACCCAAUUUUCUCAACCCAAUCUUUUAUCUACUUCACCCUAAGGGGUUUCCCUAAAACUCUUCAUCUAAACCCAACAUUCUAAUUUUUCAACUAUAGCUUAGACCAGUUUUUCCCAACCCUGUUCCUGGAGGCACACCAACAGAACAUACUUUGGAUGUCUCCCUUAUCUCACCUAUUCACUUCAGGUUUUGGAGUCUCUUCUAAUGUUCUGGUGAGUUGAUUCAGGUGUGUUGGAUUAGGGAGAGCUUGAAAAUGUGUGCUGUUGGUGGUGCCUUCAGGAACAGGGUUGGGAAACACUGGCUUAGACCAACACCCACAUUUCUUAACCCAAUCUUUUAUCUACUUCACCCUUAGGACUGUCCCCAAAACUCUUCACCUAAACCCAACAUUUAAAUCUUUCAACUAUAGCUUAGACCUACACCCAAGUUUCUUAACCCAAUCUUUUAUAUACUUCCCCUGAGGGCUGUCCACAAAACUCUUCACCUAAACCCAACAUUCUAAACUUUCAACUAUAGCUUAGACCUACACCCAAGUUUCUUAACUCAAUCUUGUAUCUACUUACCCUGAGGGCUGUCCCCAAAACUCUUCACCUAAACCCAACAUUUUAAACUUUCAACUAUAGCUUAGACCUAUGCCCAUGUUUCUUCAACCAGUCUUUUAUCUAACCCCACCGCGAGCGAUGUGUCCUAAACUCUUUACCUACACCCAAACUUACAAUCAAACUUCUUACACAACCCUACACCCAGCAUUAAAUAUGCCCCUGGUAGGUAAGUUCAGUCCCUGAGAGCCACAAUCCUACAGAAAUUUGCUACAAACCUAAUCAAAGACACCUGAACAAGCUAAUCAAGUUCUGACUGUUUUGCCGUUGCCACACUAGAGUUUGAGCAAUGCAAAAAUCUUCCGUACGGUGCUGCGAAAAUGGGCGAGAUAAAACAAUAUGAAUAUUGUUGAUACAAGCAAGCGAUUACUCAAUAUUUGAAACUUCUGUACAGAGAGGUCACGUUUUGAUCUUCUAUUGGUCUAACGCGAUCACGUGAUGUGAUUUCACAGGUCUGAGUUUACCAAGCUUACGUUUCGAACACAGCGAAAUGCGAGACUUGUCUCACGAGCUUGCGUUUCCAUUCUCCCGCAGUCACAUGCAUAUGAAUGGAGGUCUAUGGGGCAAGAAGUGCAUCAUGGCUUUACUUGAAAGCUUCAGACGGGUGAGUUUUUAUCAAGCCUAGGGUUGCAGCUGACCAGGACCCAACUUGCCUACCUGAACUAUACCCUAAAUCAGUGGUUCCCAACUCUAAUCCUGGGAGCCCCUUGCCCUGCACAUUUUUGUUGCAUUCCAAAUGGGAUAUAUCACCCUCUGAAUGGCGCUUUGGAGUGAAGACAAUCAUGGCCAAAAUACUGAAGGGUUAUUUAAAUCUGGCCAUCUCAAAGAGGCCCUUUUGAAUGAAGGAUUUUGAAGGCUGAUGGACACUUCGGGCCACGAUCAGGGAAUUUGUUUGGUGUCAAACACUGUGUUCAAUUCGAGGGCUCAUCCCCAUGCCUUAAUGGCAUUGACCACUGCCUUAAACAUACAUUUAAGACCUACAUCCUAAACCCCAUAAAUGACUUUGUUGCCUAACCAGUUUCUAAAAUGAUUCAACCUAAACUCUUAACCUCUAAUGUUUCCACAAUAUCUCAGAUUACACAUAGAAUCUAUUUUAAGAUCACUUUGUGAAGCUUUUAUGUAGGAGUCAAUCUUUUGGCUGAAAGGAGCGCCUUGUCUUUCUCAUGUCUGGAAUGGAGAUGACUGGUGUUUAUUUACAGUGCAUGUCUUGUAACUUGAUUAGCUGUAUUGUGCCGACAUCAAUAGCUGUAUUGUAACUCCCGACUGUGCAGAUCAAUGGAAAGGUUGCUCCCUUGACAGACACAUUUUCCCGCCGGAUGUUUGUUAAAUGAGCAGGAAUGUGCCAAUCAGCUGUUAUAUCACGGUUCCAGCUAUUGAGUGGGCACACACUGUGAAUAAGAACCAGAAUGCUGGGUGGGCCAGUGCACAUCUGUGUCUCAGGAUAGAUAAGAGGAACAAAGACAAGAGGUGAUAAACGCCCAUUUGGGAGAUGAAAACAGAGUCUCCUUACGAAGGGAUUAGAUCUUUAGAGUUUGAAUCCUUCAGACACACAAUGGGAGUUAAUCUCUCAUGGUGUUACCUGUACUCUAUUAUGAAAAAUGUUAACCUGGGAGCUGUGAAUUUUAGCAACAAUAAGACACAACAUGGCUGACAAAACCAUUCCCGUUCAUGCUGGUGUUCUAUGUAUUGAUUACCCCAAUAUUUCCAAUAAAUUGUAGGGUAUUAAUCUGA